AACCUGGCAACCCCUGACUUAAUUGGGGGAGCAACAGGCGGACCAUCGUGGACUUGGGGAAACGUUCGAGGUCCCCUCGCUUUAAUAACAUUGCCAACUAAGGUCCAUUAAAGUGUAGUUUGUUCUUUUAGACUACUAACGCAAUUAAAAGGUUUUUCCCUUGAAUUGACUUACGAAAAAAGUUACAUAGUUUGCUUCUUCCGAAGAUUUCCCAUCGUUUCCAGACAGUGGGAUGGACGAGGUGCGGCCUAGCAGUGGGACACCAGCCCACGGAAUAGCGUCCCUGUUUCCACCCGGACUGCAGGCGAUCUACGGGGAAUGCAGGCGCCUCUACCCCGAACAGGCCAACCCGCUACAAGUUACAGCAAUCGUUAAAUAUUGGUUGGGGGGUCCGGACCCUCUGGACUACAUCAGCAUGUAUAGGAACACAGGUUGUCAGGCGCAGGAGGUGCAGGAGCACUGGCACUACGUCAGCUUCGGCCUUAGCGACCUGUACGGUGACAACAGAGUUCACGAGUUUACAGGAGCAGAGGGUCCCAGUGGGUUUGGCUUUGAGCUCACCUUCAGGCUGAAGAGGGAGGUGGGGGAGACCGCCCCCCCCACCUGGCCCGCUGAACUCAUGCAGGGAUUGGCUCGCUACGUCUUCCAAUCGGAAAACACAUUUUGCAGUGGGGACCACGUUUCGUGGCACAGCCCACUAGACAACAGCGAGUCUCGCAUCCAGCACAUGCUGCUGACAGAGGACCCCCAGAUGCAGCCUGUCCAUACCCCCUUUGGCAUAGUCAGCUUCCUGCAGAUUGUGGGUGUGUGUACAGAGGAGCUGCAGGCAGCCCAGCAGUGGAACGGACAGGGGAUCCUGGAGCUGCUCAGAGGCGUGCACGUGGCUGGUGGCCCCUGGCUGAUCACGGACAUGAGGAGAGGAGAGACCAUAUUUGACAUCGACCCUCACCUACAACAGGACCGAGUGGACCAGGGCAUAGAGACCGAGGGCUCCAACCUGAGUGGGGUCAGUGCCAAGUGUGUGUGGGACGACCUGAGCCGGCCUCCCGAGGACGAGGACGACAGCAGGUCCAUCUGCGUCGGCUCCCAGCCGCGCAGACUCUCCGACAAGGACACAGAGCAGAUCAGGGAGGCGCUGAGGAAAGGACUGGAGUUCAACACCAAGGCUGCUCUGCCACCCAUCAGCAGCCAGAGACAGACCCAGGACAGACCCCAGAGCAGGAAGGCCAGCCUGGAGAGUGAAGGCUCAGCAGCCAUCGUUCCUCAUGAGCUGGUUCGUACCAGGCAGCUGGAGAGUGUCCAUCUGAAGUUCAACCAGGAGUCAGGAACACUGCUGCCCCUCUGUCUGAGGGGCAGGCUGCUGCAUGGGAGACACUUCACCUACAAGAGCAUCACUGGAGACACGGCCAUCACCUUCGUCUCCACAGGGGUGGAGGGAGCCUUCGCUACAGAGGAACACCCUUAUGCUGCUCAUGGGCCCUGGCUACAGAUCCUGCUGACGGAGGAGUUUGUGGAGCAGAUGUUAGGAGAUCUUCAGGAGCUGAACACUCGAGAGGAGACUAAGUUACCGAAGGAGUACAGCUGGCCAGAGAAGAAGCUGAAGAUAUCCGUCCUUCCAGACUCUGUGUUUGACAGUCCCCUGCAGUGAGACUGGCUUUAGAUAUACACACACACACACUUACACCUAGACACUGGGACCACGCACACACACAGCCCAGUAGGAACGUGAGUGUGGUCCCUUAGCAAACCACAACCCAGCCUUGGUCCAUGGGGCUGACCUGCUUCAGGGACUGCAGUUGGAGGCCCCAGAUUUGGGCACACUGACACUGUCCCUCCCUCACGGCCUAGCAGGACGCAGACAUCAUGAAGGGUACCUGCCAGAACUACUACUGGACUUCCCCGGCCUACAUUCCAAUAGACACAAGUGGGUUUGGGUGUUCCCUUCUGUAGGUUUUUAUACUUAGUAAAAUAUCAAUUUGUUUUGUUUUUAUUAUUAUUAUUCCUAAGUGCUGGACAUAUUCUGUGUUUGUGUGUUUGCGGUUAUGCCAAAGGUGCCAGUAGAUGGCAAAGUGGAUCCAUGCUGUUUGUGUAACUCAUGGGCCACUUGGUUGAUGAAGAGUUUGACUGGAGACAGACUGACUUCCCUCAGUGCCAGCCUCUCUGUUUGUUAAUCAGUCAGAACACCUAGUUAAAAAAAAAAAAAGAUUAUCUUGCUCGUCUUCAUGUGUACGCAAUAUGCAUGUACAACUUUUGCAAAUAUUUCCCCUUUAAUAUCCCGUUGAAGUCGUGUGUACUGUGUUGUAUGUAUUUGUUUGUUCUGUUUGUGGAACAUGCUCUCCACAUGACAUGAAAUGAACCAAGGCCCUAACUGUUGACAAUGCUGUGGGAAAUGUGAGCAAGAAUUCAUGACACUACUUUGAAGACUAGUGUUUCGUUAGGGAUGUUUUGUUAGUUUUAAAACUGUAUGAAUUGUAUAUAUGUUAUUUCUGGUCCUCUGUGGUGUUAUCUAGGGUUACUUAAAUGUGCUGAAAUGUACUCCAGUCGGAGGAUGUGAGGUAAAAUACGUCCCUGUUUCAAGACUCUAGAGAUGCAUCCUCCCUCCUUGAGCUUCCCAUUGACCUAACGUGACUCAACAGGAGAAGACUAAUUCUCCUAGGUCUACACAGCUGUUGCCAGUAGAGACUAUUACAUUAGUGAGUCUUCACAGGAAAGUAGGACGUGAGGAAGGCUGCCUUUGAAGACUAUUCAGGCAUGGUCAUCUCUUACGCUUUGUAGUGAAUAGGAAGCUAUGUUUUUAUGAGACGAGACACUGCCUGCAAGUACAUCUGGAUUAAUUGAAUAAAUGUUUUCCUUUUUUUGUCUUUUGCCAUCCCUCCAUCUAUGUGUUUGGUGUGUGAAUGUAUUUCAGAGUUUGUUUCCUAAAGGGAGGAUGUGUUCACUAAGCGUAAUGAUGUUGCCGUGAUUUUUUUUUUCGUUUUUCUGUUAUGAGUGGUAGUGUAAAAAAGAGCUUUUAUGAGGCGCCAAAAAACUUUAAUUUGGUAACGAAUUGUGUAACUGCCUAUUCCUGUGUAAUCCCAAGUGCAUUAAAGGUAUUUACAUGAUCA